AUGGCGUCCUCCAACAAAAACAACAACGGCACAACUACCUCUAACACCACCUCUCUCGACCAGGCGUGCUCUUUCCCUCCACUUGAGCGCCCCAUGUCUCCUCCGGUCCCAACAACGGAGGGCCGCAGACCACACCGCCCCAUACCCAUGCGGGAAAUCGACGAGGAUGGGAUCGAGGACAUCCAGGUCCCUUUGAUCCCAGCGAUUGGACGGAUCGAGGACUUGAUACGAUACCCAGCACCACCCCGCCCACAGCCACCACCGCCAACACCAAUCAUCAGACCCGUGCCCGACUAUGGCACAACACUAAUAAUUGAAUAUGACUUGGAAGACGCCACCUGGCCUACUGAAGCUGUCCCCUGGCCUUCCUACGAUCGGGCCAGUGGAUCAGCCAGUGCUCUAGAUGAGCGCCGGAUGCCCGUUAUAUCCGUCGUCCCAGAAGAGGAGGACUCUCGGUCGGAGUGGCCGCAGCAACAAUCUCAACAACCUCAACAACAACACCUACGGCGUCGACCUGUACCAAGACCCACUCCGAGUCUUGAACCGUUUCCGCCCUUUUGGUAUUCGAGGCGGACUUUGACACGAAGCAGACAUUAUGGGGAUGAUCUCAAGCCCUUGGUGGAUUCUAUGCUUGAGCAUAUACUCGUCUGA